AUGUAUUUCACAACCAUACGAACUCGAGCCUUGUGUGAACAAGAACGUCGACGGAACCAGUCCAGCACGUUUACCGAACCCCUUCCGAUAUCAUCACCUUUAUCGACUUUACCAGCAGCAUCGCAAACGGCUUCAUUAAAACCGCCCUCUUCGUCUCCUGAAGACGAACUGAAAUCCUUUCUCGAAGAAUUCAACCAACCUGUCGUGACGCCUGAGCAGAAGGCUAAGAAUGAGAAAGAAAUGGAAGAGCAUCCAAUUCUCAAGGUCCAUUUCGAAAUGCUGGUUCCCAAAAAGAUUGUGUCGUAUGAAGACUUUUGGCAGCGAUAUUAUCAUCGGUGCUAUGAUCUGAACCGGAUUGUGUCUGAACUUCAGCAACAAGACAAGCAACAAGAGCAACAAGGAGCGAAGGAUUUGGACAGUGAUCCAAUAGGAGACAAGAAUCCCAAGCACCAACAAUCUAUACCACCAUCCCAGACGUUCAAAAGCGUCCAAGAUCGAAUCUUUCAGAUGACAUCUUCACCUGCGCGACAGGAUAUUGAAAAGAAGGAGGAACCGAACAAAGAUGACAAGGAUACUCCAAACCUUGAGACAACAUUUGAUUCUUCAUCCCUUUCCUUUGGCAGUGCAUCCUUCAACGUCAUUCCCAUUGAGGCACAAAAUAGCACUACACAAAGCCUUACCGAGGCAACGUCGGAAAUGUCACAUCAUGACUAUUUGCCAUCCCCGUGGUCGAUGGAGAGGCAAAUGCAAUAUGAAAAUCAUGAGAACGGUGAUGAUUCAUCUUCGUUUGGCAGUCUGGUUCAAAUGCCUAAUUGUCUGAGCGAAGUCACAUCCGUGGUUACAAAUCCGGAUCAAAUACAUCGAUAUCCAGAAUCACCAGACUAUUGCGAUCAUGUCGAAGAAGAAGUGGUUGAACAUAGCACAGCAGAAGCACUAGAACAAGCGCAAAUUUCCGACACAGCAUCCACACUGGACGACCGACUGUCGGGUGCGUCCAUAUUCCUUUUGAACGAUGACUUUUAUGAGCAGAAUGACAAACUUGUGGAUAUGAUUGUUGCGAUGGGAGGCAAGAUUACACUGGAAAUGAUGGAAGCAACUCAUGCCCUUUGGAUACCCCCACCAAAAGAAGCUGAGUCUUUAAUAGGUAACGACGAGCAAAAGCAGAAGCAAGAGUCUUGGGAAGACUUUAGAGAGAACAUGAUUCUGUGGGUUGCAGAAAGCUACAAAGUCCCUAUACUAGAUUCGGACAAAUGGCUGCCUCGAAUUGCGAGGUUGGAAUUUGAAGAAGACUGGUCCGACGUGAACUGCGAAGACUUCCAUCCCGGUCACACCCAAGCCAAGACUGUUACCAGAUCAUCCAUGGGGAAGAAAGUCGUCGAAUCACCUAAGGAAGCAACGAUGACAGUGGCAGGAAAGCAAUCAAAGACUCAGUCAACCUCGAAUAAUUCUUCAACACAACGACAGAAAAUCCUUUCCUUUGCAAAGGUAGCACUCUUGUUGACUAUGGUGCUGCUCUUGCUUACCCAAUGGCACGUUGUCUUCCCAACUAAAACGUUUACACCGAAUCUAUCAAUCUCAAAGGAGGAAACUACCAAAUACAAAGGAUGGCCCCUCUUCCGUUCACGACAAAGGAUACCAGCCCAGAGUUCCAGCAUAGCGAAUGGACAAAUGAAAACAAAUGUUCAAGAAUCACGGUGGAACAAAAUCCUCAGCAAAAUCAAGGUACGGCGACAAAGACAGAUACGAGAAUAA